AUGGACACGCCCAUUUUGUCACCUGGACGAGCCACUCAGCAAGUACAGACGCCUUCGUGUAGCCUCGGACACGCGAAGGGCCGCCUCCUCUGUGGGCCCCUUGUGUUGUCCUUUAUCACCUCGAUCUGGCCUGCUCAAAUCGAGGGAAUGUGGGCAAUUGGAGUGAACUCUGGCGUGUACCGGGCGUUAAGUGUCAAAAACGAGGCUGUCUCAACCACUGGCUUGUGA